AUGCGCGUAGGCCGCUCUCCCGCCCAGCCUGAGGCCGCCAUGGCGAGGGCGGCCAUGGACGGGAGCGAAGCGGUGGGCGGACGGGGGUCGUCCCCCCCGGUCCCCGGACAUUGGAGCCGCCUGCACUGGCCGCUGCUCCGGGGCUGGCGGGGCUUCUGGGAGCGGCCCUGCCAGGGGACCGGCCGGUCCUUGGCCACACCGGAAGUGGCCCCCUUGGCCGGACCGGAAGUGGCCUCCUCGGCGGGCCCCGAGCAAUGGCCGCCUGAGGAGAAGGACGACGAGGAGGAGGCAGAGGGGGCCAACGCGCUGAGGAGACUGCCCAUUGAUGUGCAGUUGUACAUUAUGUCAUUCCUUUCGCCUCACGAUUUAUGCCGGUUGGGAAGUGUAGACCGCUACUGGAAUCUGACCAUUCGAGAUCCCCUUCUGUGGCGGUAUUUCCUUUUGAGGGAUCUUCCCUCCUGGUCUUCCGUUGACUGGAAAUCUCUCCCGGAUAUACAGAUCUUAAAAAACCCCUUUCCUAAGGACAGAGAUGGGGUCCUCUCCGAUUACAUGUCCAUAUACCAAAUGAGCUGCCCUCACACAAGAAGAUGCUUGAAAUCCAGCCACCCCGUCUACGGGGCCGUCACCUCUUUUCUGCAGUCCCUGGUAAUACAUUCAGAACCCCGUUUUGCUAUGUUUGGACCUGGUUUGGAAGAGCUGAACAAUUCCUUGGUGUUGAGAAUGAUGUCUUGCACAGAGCUUUCCCCAGUUGCCGGUUUACCUCAGAGGCAGAUCGAUGGAAUUGGAUCAGGAAUCAGUUUUCAGUUGAGCAAUCAACAAAAGUUCAACAUCCUGGUAUUAUAUUCAACUACCCGAAAGGAAAGAGAUCGAGCCAGAGAAGAGCGAACAAAUGUAGUCAACAAGAUGUUCAAUCCCGAACAACCUGGGGCUGAUCAAAAGGGAGGACGCUACAGUGUGAUACCCCAAAUUCAGAAAGUGUGUGAAGUGGUGGAUGGGUUCAUCUAUGUCGCGAAUGCCGAAACUCACAAACGACAUGACCGACAAGAAGAAUUUUCUCGCAUCUCGGCCAUGACCGACGCAGCCUUUGGAUCCCAGACGAGACCCGUGCUGGUUUUAUCUUGUGUUUCCCAAGCCGACACAGAAAGGACCCCCUGCUUUUACGUCGCCCACGAACUCUGCUUGAACCAACUAGAUCGACCUUGGAUGGUGCAGGACACAGAAGCUGCAAGUUUGACCGGACUUUUGGGUGGCAUCGAGUGGCUUCUUGGCGAAGUCGAUGGCCGGCGGACGAGAUAACUGCUCGGGGCGGCUGGCUCGGGAACCCCAGGAGAAGGCUCCUAGGACCGGGGAUCAUCCAAUCUGCCACGAUGGACCCAUUGCAGCUCGAGUUGUGGGGCCCCGGGGGAGCUUAAGGGCCCCCUCAUUCCCCUCCCCUGGCCCCAGGGGGGAAAUGGGGGCCAAGUAGUCUCAGCUGCCUAAUUCUGACUCCUGGGGCUCACUGCACCCGCCAAGUUUCUCACAUUUAAUCGUCGCCUCGAAGGAAUUACGAAGGAAGCACUUGGUGCCAACUGCUGGCGCUCACGCGACUCGGUUGGACUUUGCAUUAAUCAUGUCGAUCCUUUUCCAAAUCCAGUUGUAAAUUCUUAAGUGUUAAUAAUUGCCUGGAAAGGUUCUUUCUGCCCAGCUUGUCCGGUACUGGGUUUUUCCCUGGCCAAGACAACAGAGCCCUUUCCCGUUGACUCCAUUUGUUGAAUAUUGUGGGGAUUACAGACAUGGCCAUGAGGCAAAGGCAUUUAGCACCAAUAAUCCUUCUGACUGUCUCUAUAUGUUGCCAAUUUGUACUUCCCAAGCGCUUAGGACAGUGCUCUGCACAUAGUAAGCGCUCAGUAAAUACGAUUGAUGAUGAUGAUGAUCUGAGGCAAAAAGCAGCCCCUUUAUCCUGCUUUCCAGUGCUGGGGUGGCAUAGCCCACAAUGUGUUCUGCACUGGUCAUCUCAUGUUAUGUUCUAGGCUUUAAUAAUAAUAAUGAUAGCAUUUAUUA